AUGGCACAGCUUGUUGGGCAAGAGGUCGUCAAGGAUCCUCACGAUCCGAAAUAUUAUGCAUUGGCUGCAGAAUCAUUGGAGCAGUACCAAGAACAGACUGGCCAUAGAAACUUGGCUGUACUUGAAGUAAGAAGAGCAACCGAACAACUUGUGGCUGGAUUGAUUACCAGAUUAAUAUUCGACGCACAAUCGCUUGACCAAAAUUACUUAUUGCUCUGUAAUUCAAAAAUAUUCGAGCCCCUCGACUCAAGUCCGAAGGAAAUUACUGUGAACUGUGAACGGCCUCUACUUCGUUAG